AUGUCACCCAACACCGCCACGACAUUCAGCCAGAUCGCUGUUUUCCUGGUCGAUGGUGACUGGUCUUGCGGGCACUUGAGCCAGUUUGGGGAGUGCGCCGGUUGCAAGCCCGAUAGGCGCAUAGUCAUUGCCUUUUUGAUGGGAACGCCUGUUCUUGUCCUGAUGCUGAGAAUAGGAUUAAGCCACACCCACCCAGUAGCGAAAGCUCUGGGAACCAAGUUCAAUUCUUUGUUCAGAAUAACUCAGCUGAAUCUGGCAAGCCUCAUCACAGCAACAUCGGUUCUAUUUUGCGAGAUGGCCGAGUUGGUCUAA